AUGCCCGGAGCCCUUUCGCAGCUGGCAGUGGGCGCCGACUUCCCGGUGCCUGCGCCGGGCCUCCGCCGUCUCGCCGCCGAGGAUAUGCUGGUGUCACCCCUGGCCGUCGGGACGACCCGAGGACGUCAGGCUUCCGCCUUCUUGGUAGAGGCAGGACCGAGGAUCCCAGUCAGCUUCGGUGGCCACGGCCACCACGCACCGACUAACGCAGACGAAGCUUUGGCCCAAGCGAAAGCUGGACUUCAAACGUGUGCACUCGGCUUCAUGGCCUCCAGCGCUGCCUUGCUCAGCGCCUACGUGACGUGGAGCCUUGAGAAGGAGCAUUUCGAGCAUGAGGUCCACGAGCAUCAUCAGCGGCAUGGUCAUGGUCACGGCACGCGGCAUUGA